UUAAUUUUUAGAUGGACACGAAAAAGUUUUAUAAUUUAUCAAAUCCUCGAGAUGUUGAAUUUUUGCUCUCUACAAUCAACGACGAUAUGGCUGUAGACUCUGAUGUUGGAGGUGAUGAUGAUGCUGACGAUAAUAUUCCUUCGUCCAGAUGUUCAAUUGCUCCAAGUACUUCAACUUCAUUCAGCAAUCAAUUUGAAGACAGUGAUAAUGAAGAUAGUGAGUCAAGUGAAGCAAAACCGCCCAUGUUUCAAGGAAGUACAUUUGACAGACCUUUCGGAAUAUCUAAGAAAGCCCAGUUUGAUAUUACAAGUCCACUAAGCAUUUUCCUCAAUGUAAUGACAAAUUUAUUCCUGCAGUAUAUUGUUGACCAGUCUAACUUGUACGCCAUACAAAGAGGUACAGUGUUAGGAUUGACAUUAGAUGAAUUGAAAGCCUACUUAGGUAUACUAAUAAUAAUGGGUUUUCAUACACUUCCCAGCAUUAGACAUUACUGGAGUAAGGAAAGUAAUUUUGGUGUUCAACGUGUUCAAAGCAUCAUGACUCUAAAACGGUUUUUAAAGAUAACCCGUAUGCUGCAUCUAAAUGAUAAUGAAACCAUGGCAAAAAAAAGAAAACGGGUAUGAUAA